UAUAUAUAUAUUAUAUAUAUAUAUAUAAUGUCAUAUUCCUGAAUCUGCCAGUUGACUACGAGAAGCGUAUUUUUGUUUUUAAAUUAAAACUAACCAGCAACUAGAUGUGGGUUUACCAAAACCUAAAUCUAAUAAAUGAAUACGGGUUAAAUUGAACUUUUUGAAUGGAUAUUUGACGUUUGAAUGUAAACGAAACCGGGUGGAGGUGAGGUAAAUAUUAACCAAUGGGCAUCAAUUAUUUGCUGUGAGUGCGUUUCUACAAUAGCAGAGCCGCACUUCCGUUGCUAUGUAGAUUUGAUGGUACCUUAGAAGACAAACAAAAUCUGACACGUUGAGGGGAAGACAACAGACUAUUUUUGUUGAAGAUUGCCUUGUUAUGUUGUAACCCCGUUAUUAUUUUCACAGUAUUCGUUAAAUAAUGUCUGGGGAAGAUCGCAAGAAGCUCGAUAUGACUCCAGAGGAGAUGAAACGGUUCGGGGAGGCGAUGAAAAAGGAAGAAUUCAGAAAAUUACUCGCAGAGUAUGCCGAAGAAAUAUCAAAUCCUGAAAACCGCAAAAAAUAUGAAGAAGAGAUUACGCAACUAGAAAACGAAAGAGGUAUGGAUAUAAAAUUCAUUACUCCUGAACCCGGCCAUGUUAUAAAAUCACUUAUUAAUAACAAGAAAAAGGCUUUUAUAAAUAUCUGCAAAAAUGAAAACAUUGGGAAGCCAACAUUUACUAAAGAGAAUGGCCCUGACCGUUUUGGAAUCAACUGGGCAAUCCCCCAUUCUUUAGCUAGACCUCGCGAAGACUUCGAUCUCAAAGGUGAAAAAUGCUUUGUGUAUGAUGUCGUGUUUCACCCGGACACUUACCGAAUGGCACAGUCUAACUCUAAGUUUAAAAAGCUUGUACACGAUACAGCGAUAGAAGCCAUUGAGGAACAUUUUAAUGUCACAUUGGAUAAAAAGAUAAGUACACCCAAAGUGAAAAACAAUUUCAAAGGAGUUAGAACCCCUACUGUGGUUCGAACCCGGCGAGAAGAUGGAUCGACCAAAACCGCAGACGACUCUGACAGCAUUUUGAACAGUAUGCCUUAUCCAUAUGACCCUAAUAAGACAACCAAAGAAUUAACUGAGGAAUGGGUGGAAAAAAAAGGUAAAACACGCUCGUCCAAGAGACUAGCUGAAGCUAAGAAGAAAGAUGCGUCAGAGACAAAAUCCUCAAAAUCAGAAACUGAAUCCAAAGAAACAUUACAAGAGGACCAGACUGAAGGAACAACCGUUUCCACAGAAUCCUCAGCUCUUCCGAGUUCCCCUGCCGUUCCCAAGUAUUGUAUUUUACAUCGUUCUGCACUAGAUAUCCAAGACUUUUCAAACGUCUCUGAUGCAAAGUCUAGUACCAGACCCAAAGAACUUGUUGUAUCUAUUGACUUGCCUCUAUUGAAAUCUGCAAAUACCAUUGAUUUAGAUAUUGUUGAUAAUCACAUUAUGUUGAAGUGUACAACCCCAGCAUCAUAUGAACUGGAUCUGAGGUUACCAUAUCCAGUUGAUGAAACUAAUGGCACUGCCAAAUUUGAUAAGUCUAAAAGUGUAUUAAAUGUGGUACUUCCUGUGAUUGCUGCUCAACCGGAGAAUCUACCUUUUAGUUCAGUUCCCAGUUACGCAACUUCAAGUGACAAUGAAGCCGAUGUGGAUCGUGGCAACUCGGUAGAUGAAGGUUCUGAACAAUGUGAUUCAGAGAUUUCUGUCCAAGAAAAUGAUGAUGCCAACGUACAGCCGAAUGAUGUUGCUAUGACUCCUGAAACGGGUAUAGAUGAGGACAACUCAAAUUCUUUGUUUUUCUUGCCACUGUGCCAGCUUCCUAAUUUUCGCUAUUUUCAAGAUCAAGAAUCGGUCACCUUUGUUAUUGAUGUUGCUAAUGUCCUUCCAAACAGUAUUGUCCAAAAACACCCAGAGCCUCACCUCUAUGACAUAAUGUUCUCUUCUCAAGGCUCUGGCUGUUUUCCAUUGUAUUAUCGUCUCUAUAUUGAAUUCCACCAGGGUUGCUCAGUGUGUCCUACUAAUGAAACAGACGUGUCACCUAGCAAUCUAGUUGUGCUGUUACCAAAGGACAAACAACAUUGUAGCUUGUGGGAAGGUUUUUUUGCUUCUUGUGAUGGCAACACCUUUGAGUACCACAGUUUUGAAAGUAGCAGCCGAUUACAAUCAUCUCUUGAAGAACUUGAGUGCGGUGGAGACAACAGUGCUUGCAACAUGCCUCAGCUCCAGGAGAUGGAUUAUCAACUGAAUGUGUCUGAACUCAAUGAGAAACACAUUAAACUCGAUAUUCAGGUGGGUCGUACAGUUUCCGAGUCUGACACAACGGACACCGAGCCAUCGACAUAUCCAAGUAUAGAAGUUGUACAUCAUAAAAGGCUUCCACAUUUACAAGGAAUUCUGAAACAGUACUCGAAGACUAUGUCUGAAUCUAGUGAUGAAAACGUUACGUUGUCUGCAUCCCCCGAUACUUCCUCAGUGGACAGUCCCUUUACGACUGUCAAGAAAUCGGUUUCAUUUAACGAACGUAUCGACCAAGCUAUGUUCAAAACCAAUUCCACGGUCUCCAGUAUGCGUAGUAUGUUGAAGAGUAAACGAAAACGAAACCGACAACGUGAAGAACGCAGAAAGAACGGUCGGCGCCGACGGCGACAAAGUAGUGCGGAGAGCAGUGAAGGAGAAGAGACUAAGAAGAAAGGUACAGGGGAACAUGGCAGUAAAUCUCAGUCCAAAACACAUGAAGGCAAAAAUAAUAAAAAGAAAUCCACUUCAUUUGCCCGAAGUGGAACCAAGCAGGAAGGUGGCGCCAGCAGUAGCACUGUGGAUGAAACAGAUGAAACGAGUAAUACUGAGGCCUCUGACCAUGAUACAGACUCUGGUUAUGAUCAGAAUGGCCAACCUAUGCCUGACCCUUCACAAACUGAGCCUUCCUCUCAGUCUGAGAACAAUAACUACAACUUCCGCUCCCGUAAAAAUCCAGCCUCCAAAUCGAAACGAAACGGUAGCAAGAGAUCGAAAAACUGUGCCUCACUCGAGGUUAUGGAAACUAGCAGUAGCUGCAAUAACAGCAAACUUACGGAAACAGAGAAAAGUCGUUUGGAUAAUUUAAUGACAGCAGCUGUAAGUAAUACCCUUCUGCCAGAACUUGAUGACCCUGAAGUCCCAGAAUCUCCUGAUGUUGACUCUAAUGAAGUAGCCACAGCACAAGUUGACCAAACACUGACACAAAUGGCUGCUCUUUCCAUUACUAACGACCCCAAUAAUAAUAAUACUUCAGAGCACCACACUUCAAAUGGACAAAGCUUAGAUACAGCCUUGUCUUCUUCCAGUUUCACCAAAGAGACAGAGGUCGAUGUAACGGCGCCAACAACAGUUAGAAGUGAGGGUGAGGGAGAUAAGUUCGAUUUUGAUAAGUCGAUAUCAAAAGGGAACUCUGAUGGGGAUAAAUGUAAAGAUUUAAAAAUCAACGGUAAAGUUGUUGAAGUUGAUGAAAAUGUCGCAGAUAAAAAUUCUUCCAAAGAAAACGGCCACUGUAUAGAUACUUCCAAUCUGAAGGACAAUUCCGACAGCAAGAGCAAAGAGAGUUGUACAGUUAAUUCUUCAGAUAUUUACAAAGUGGAUUCAAUGCUUAGUUGGGAAAGCACACCAAUGUCUAGUUUACAGAAAAAUGAGCAUCAAACUUACUGUCCAUUUCAGUUCAGUAACAACAUCUUGUUCGAACUGGACUGAGCUCCCAUUACAUCAACCCUGCUUCAUUUUCACAUUUUUAUCUCUCAAUAGGGUCACUUCAUUGGGUCUUUUUCUACUAUUUCUUUUUUCCUUUGUUUUUUAUUUGUUUAUGGUUCAGUAUUAGAGAAGUACCACAUUUAGCCCUUU